UCAGGGCCCGCCCAUACCGGGUGGAAGAUUUUCGCGAUGCACUCGCUCAGUUAUCGCUCCUGCCGGAAGUGGCUGCUCUCGGGGCCUACCGUAUGAGCCAUGUAUGGGCCGUGACCUUCAAGGACAGCGACGCAGUGAAAAAGAUUGUCAGCGUUGGAGAGCUGCAGGUCAAAAAGGGCCGGUGUCUCGUCAUCGACCCCGCCGACCAGGACGUACGCAUGAAAGUGCAUUGGCUGCUGCCCAGCGUUCCAGACGAGGACGUACGUCUUGCCCUCGCACCGUAUGGAAAGGUCACCGACGUCGUUCGCGAGCGCUGGCGGGUUCACGGUGUGGCUGAUAAGAACUCAACAACAAGGCUGGUUACGCUGAAGUUGAAGCCGGGCGUAAGGCUCGACGACCUUCCGCAUCAGGUGAGCGUCGCCGGGGAACUGGCUCUCGUGGUUGUGCCGGGCAGGGCUCCUCUGUGCCUACGCUGCCGCGGCACGGGCCACAUUCGUCGCGAGUGCCGUAUUCCACGGUGUGGUGCCUGCCGACGUUUCGGUCAUGAAGACAGUCAGUGCGAGCGCACGUAUGCCAGUGUGACCGGACCUGUGGGCAACGAGGACAACUCUGCCCUACUCAUGGACGAGGCGGACAUGGAGGACACGUCGUCCGCGGCGAGUGAAGCAGCUGACGUCGUGGCAAAGCCGGCGGUACGUCUUGAACAGGAGGAGAAACAAGUCGCUGAGGCUAUUGCCACAGGACACCAACAAGCGACUGCAGAGGGCACCGCGGCCAUGCCGAAUGCUGAAGAGAAGAUCCCACCUGAGACGGAGGUGUCCUCCUGCCUCGUCGAACCUGAAGGCAUGGACACCCUCACAGGCCCAACUAGCCAAACGACGGGGAAACGGCCCUACAACCAGACCGUUAGCCGGACGGCGAAACAGGAUGACAGCGGCGGAGACGAGCCACCGCCCAAAGCGCCAGGUAUAAGGAGGUCGACCUUGAAACAGCGGUCGAACAUUACGGUCGAUCCACGGCAGGCGGGUAAACCGCCUCCGUAAUUCCGUGCUGUCAGAUUCGAGUGGGGUAGGGGGGUUGGUGAGUGCAAUGGCCGUCAUCCUGAGCGCUAGUUUUUUAGAACCUUCCCAGGAGGGGGGGCCCAAGUUGCACUUGAGUGCCCUUUCCGGAAGGUCGAGUUGCGUCUCCUUUAGAGGCAUUACACGUGGUUACCGGUGCACCUUUAUGAGCACUCAUCCUUGUGUAACUGUGAUGGGCACCAUUAUACCGUGUAGCCAUGGCGGUUAAUAUUGAAGGAACGCUACGUGUGGCCACGUUAAAUGUAAGAGGGCUCAGUGCAAGAAGGCGGCAAUGUCAGCUAAGUCGUCUCUUCUUGGAUAAUGACUUACAUAUAGUGGGAAUCCAAGAAACGAAAAUUGAGAGCCAAGAGGUAACAGACAUAAUGGUGUCCAAUUUUCGUGCUCACUUUGAUGUAUGCGUUUGUCACGCUGUUGGUGGAUCAGGCGGCUGCGCUAUAUUCCUACGAAAUCAUUUUGGCAUUUCUGUGCAAUCAGUGUUUUCGUGUGAAAGUGGGCGUCUCUUGGUGGCUGAUUUUUGUUUUCGUGAUGUGGAUUAUCGUGCUAUUUGUAUCUAUGCGCCGAAUGUUGAAACGGAUCGUCGAUCUUUCUUUGAGCGUCUUGAAGCGUACGUAAACUGUUCCAAGGUCGUAAUACUGCUGGGAGAUUUUAACUGUGUUUGCUAUACCGAAGACCGAGCAAAAUGUUCACGCGUUCGUGAUAAGAGUGCCGAAUUUCUAAAUGCAGUGGUGCAUGAUUAUGACCUGGAAGAUGUGGGUAGUGUUUUUGCCAGCGGUACUCGCCCGCGAUUUACCCACUUUCAGCGUGAUAGCCACGCUCGAUUAGAUAGAUUAUACGUGUCAGCCGAAUUAGUGCCCUUAUGUUGUGAAUAUGAUGUGCAAGCUGUAGCAUACAGCGAUCACUGUUUGGUAACUGCCACGUUCGGGAAAAGACAAAGCAAACACCCCUUUAACUGGAAUCUUUGGAAAAUGAAUGCGCAGUUGCUACAUGACGAUGUUUUUGUCGAUGCUGUAGUGAAGGAACUAGAAAACCUGACUUCAGCCAAGCCAGUAAGCUUUGCCAUUCAAUGGGAAGAAUUCAAACAGAGAGUCAAAAUGUUGGCCAUUCAAAGAAGCAGUGUCAUUAGACACAAGCAGAAACAAGCAGAAACAAAUCUUCGCCAGCAACUGCAAUUUUUUAUCAGCAUGGAAAGUCUCGAGCCUGGUGUGUAUGUUGACGAAUUAAAGAAAGUGAAAACUGAACUAGAAAGGAUAGAUACAGAAAAAUAUAAAGCAGCACUUGUGAGAUCAAGGUCUGAGAAGUUGUGGGCGGGAGAAAUUCCAACGAAACGAGCCUUAUCAGAGGAGAAAAGGUACGCAUGUCGGAAAGAAAUCCGCCAGCUAGCUAAAGGCAAUCAUGUUACGCGCGACAAAAAUGACAUCAAACAAGGGAUCGCCGAUCACUUUAAAGCAAUAUUAGGUCACCCGCGGGACCUUAAAGAUAGCUAUGAAAAAGAAUUUCUCUCAUUGAUACCAAAGCUCGAUGAAGAAGUUAGGACACGUCUGGAACUACCAAUAAGCCUGAGUGAGAUAGAGUGCGCAAUAGAUGAGUUGUCCAUCGGUAAAGCACCUGGGCCCGAUGGCUUGGGAGCCACUUUCUAUAAAACCUUCAAGUCUGCAUUGGCCCGCGUACUUCACGAAGUUAUAAGUGAAGCGUUUGAGCGAAAAAGAUUGCCCUUGUCUUUCACAACCUCAUAUAUCGUGCUAAUUCCGAAGAGUGAUGAUGAGCAAAAACUUUUGUUGCCAGGGUCAUAUCGCCCGAUAACUCUAGCCAACGUCGACUAUAAAAUAUUCGCGAAAGCUUUGGCCAAACGACUUCAAAGUGUAAUUAAAACAUUGGUAGGGCCGCACCAGACUUGUGGCAUUAAAGGCCGCAGUAUAACAACAAAUGUACACGUGGCUCGAAGUGUGCUUGAGUGUUGCGAUGCGAUUGGCGACCACGUCGCGAUGAUGCAGAUCGAUUUGGCAAAGGCAUUCGACCUCGUCUCGCACAAGGCUUUGUUCUGCAUACUGGAACAUGCGAAUGUUGGCAACGUCAUAACGGAAGGCGUCACGAUGGCGUACAGAGAAUGCUCAACGCGCAUUAUUGUUAAUGGGGAGCUCACCGAUAGCUUUCGCGUGCGUUCGUCUGUGCGGCAAGGAUGCCCGCUGUCACCCCUUCUAUUUGCUGCUUAUCUCGAACCACUCUGUUUGGCGAUCAGAAAUAACGAGCGCAUAGCAGGCUAUCGGCUGCAGGCAGCACACGUAAAAAUCUUGGCAUAUGCCGACGAUAUCGCGAUUUUCUGCACAAACACAGCCAGCAUUAAGGAGGCCACGACUGUCGUUGAAAAGUUCUGCGAUUCAACUGGAGCCCAGAUAAACUGGGAUAAGAGUUACGGCUUCUGGCAUGGUAGUUGGAAAGACACGCCGGAGGCCCUUUAUCGAUUGAAGUGGUCGUCGUUACCAACGCAGUACUUGGGUGUGCCUCUCGGAAGUUACCGUGAACCUGAAUCGUACUGGCUCGAUCAAGCUUCGAAAGCAAAGGAAAAGGCUGACGGGUGGAGUGGAAAGCAAUUGUCAAUGUUUUCUAGAGCCACUGUCUGCAACCUCUUUUUAGUAUCUAAGAUAUGGUACGUUAUGAAUGUGUUGUGUGCUGCGAGGGUAAGCGUACAAAAAAUUCACCGAGUUUUCGCUACAUUUAUUUGGGCGUCUACCUGGGAGAGGAUGAGUCGAACGAACUUGUUCCUCCCUGUCAAGAAAGGUGGGCUUGGUCUAGCUCAUUUGUUUCUGCGACAAGUCGUGUCACGUUUUGUGUUUUUACGGGAUCAAAACGAUCCGUUUCUCCGAACAGUGAUACAGGUACGGCUGUGUAGACAAAUUCCAGGAUUCAUUGUUUCGACUGUUCACAACAUGCCAGGAGCUGUGACUGGUUACCUGCGUGAAGUGGUAUGGUCAUAUAGGAUGUUGAAUGUACGUUUUUCACAGCUAUACCUGUCAACCGUUACAAGGAAAAAGUUAUACAGAGAUCUCGUGGACACGAUGUUCCCUGCACCUUUGUACCGUCUUCCACACCGUGGAGGCCCAGGACAAGAUGUCUUAAAGAGAGUAAAAAAAAUGCCAAUACGGCCGUCGGCUAAAUCUUUCUUCUUCAAAUUACACACAAACACAC